UUGAUGACGGAUCGUCUUCGGGUACUGUUUGUAAUAGUUAAAAAAAGUUGACAUCGUAAUUAUUUUGUAAAUAUGACGGGAAUUUUACCAACCUACCAACGAUUUGUUAAUGGAGUUCCUGUGCCUACCAUAUCACGUCGUUCAUUUCGAUUGCGAGAGAAAUAUCUCAUUAUUUCUGUUCUGCUCACAUUCGGAAUCGUAUGGUUAGGUGCAUCAUUUUAUUUACCUGAGUUCAAAAGUUCAUCAAGUGUUAACGAUAGCGUUUACAGUGUCUACAAACGUAUACAAAAAGUGGGGCCAGAGCUUUUAAUGCCCCCUCCGUUAGCACAUAAUGACUUGAGUAAUUUUCCUGUGGUGGGAAUUGUACGUCAUGGUGAGGAGGGUGACGAUCCACAUAUUGUUGAAGAUAGAAACAGAUUACAAGCAAAAAUUGAUGAAGAUAUGGGGAUGAAAGUAUUGGAAAGGCCCCAAUUUGAAGUAGCUCCUUCAGGUUCUUCCUCUCGAGGUCCAAGUAAACCCCCUGUUGACGCCAUCGAGGAGCCUUCUUUAAACCACAACAUUAAUAAAGACGCUUCGCCUUCAGGCCCCAAGUCUGUAGACAGUAGUCAUAAAUACAUAAUUCCAGUGGAUUCCAAUUCAGAUGCAGAUGUCCGGAAGAAAAGAGAAACUGUUAAAGAGAUGAUGCGUCACGCGUGGAAUAACUACAAGCUGUACGCGUGGGGCAAGAACGAGCUGAAGCCGAUGUCGAAGCGGGGUCACCUGACCAGCGUGUUCGGUGGGGGAGAGUUGGGCGCCACCAUCGUCGACGGCAUGGACACGCUCUACGUGAUGGGACUAAUGGAUGAGUUCCGUGAGGGUCGCGAAUGGAUCCAGCAGAGCUUCAGGAUUCGGGACGUUGAUUCCGAGCUGUCUGUCUUCGAGACUACUAUUCGUUUCGUGGGCGGGCUUCUGUCGUGUUACGCGCUGACCGGAGACUCGAUGUUCAGAGACAAGGCUGUAGAGGUCGCUGAUGCCCUGCUGCCAGCCUUCGAGACACCUACUGGCAUACCCUAUGCGCUCAUCAACCCGUCCAACAAGGCGAGCCGGCAGUACCACUGGGCCGGCGCAAACAGCAUUCUCGCAGAAGUGGGCACCUUACAUUUGGAGUUCAACUACCUGAGUGACGUCACGGGGAACGAAGUUUACAGACAGAAGGCGAAUCGUAUUCGAGAAGUAUUCAACAACAUCCAGAAACCGGACGGCCUAUAUCCGAACUACAUCAACCCCAGGACGGGACAAUGGGGGCAAAGGCACAUGUCAUUAGGCGCUCUUGGCGACUCCUUCUAUGAGUACCUAUUGAAAGCGUGGCUGGUCACCAACGGAGAGGACGAGCAAGCGCGGGCCAUGUUCGACGAAGCGAUGCAGGCAGCGUUGGAGAAGAUGCUGCGAGUGUCUCAAUCUGGCCUCUCGUACCUGGCGGAGGUCAAGUAUGGCAGGAUCUUUGAAGAGAAGAUGGACCACCUGUCGUGCUUUGCGGGUGGUAUGUUUGCACUGGCUUCGACAUCGCUAGACAACUCGGUGUCGGAACGAUACAUGGAUGUGGCCCGCAAACUGACCCACACGUGCCAUGAGAGCUACGACCGAUCAGACACCAAGCUGGGUCCCGAAGCGUUCAGGUUCUCGGGCGCAGUGGAAGCUCGCGCCAUGAAGAGCAACGAAAAGAUGUACCUACUGCGACCAGAGACCUUCGAAAGCUACUUCAUCAUGUGGCGACUGACCAAGGAGCAGAAGUAUCGCGACUGGGCCUGGGAGGCGGUGCAGGCCCUCGAGAAGCAUUGCCGAGUCGAGGGCGGGUACACGGGGCUCAUGAACGUGUACCACAGCAAGCCGCAAGGUGACGACGUGCAGCAGAGCUACUUCCUCGCCGAAACACUCAAGUACUUAUACCUGAUAUUCGCGGAUGACUCGCUGCUGUCACUGGACGAGUGGGUGUUCAACACAGAAGCCCAUCCCUUCCCCAUCAAGGACAAGAAUCCGCUGUACAGGAAAGCUGACAAGAUAGAAGACAACCAGGUUUAAAUACAUUUUAACGUCACCGAUCCGGCUCGAAGGACCAUUAAUUAAUAUGAAACCAUAAGACUCACGCAAAAAGGCAGUUUUCCUCGUAAUAUAAAUUUGAUUAUUUGAAAGCUAGAAGAUGUUUACAAAAUAUUUUACAAGUGAUGAAUGUUGUAAAAUAUUGCCAAGAUAAAUAGAUGAUGGAUGUUCAAGAUACUGUCUUAGAUCGCAAUCACCGUAAGAGACAUUCUCAAACAAUGAUUUCGACUUAAGACACUCUUAGAAAUUCAAACCUUAUAUAUCUUACGACUUACUUUAAAUAGACUUAAUAUUUUAACGUGAAUUAUAAAAAAUAUCUGCCUGUAUGUAAUGUAUUUUUACUAAAAUAAUUCAAACUUUAUUAUUUAGAACCUAAUAAUUGUUUUUGUGGGGUGACCAUAGUAUUCGAAAAACAAGUUGCCUUACAGAAGUUGGAACUCUGUUACAAUACGAGCCAUUUUGAAUUCAGGCAUUAUUUAGCCGAAUUAAUUGUAUAUAUUUAUGAUAAGAAGAAGAUAAUUUCAUUUUUAAAGCACUCAUUGUAAAAGCUAACUGUUAGUUAAACUUGAAAUAUUGUGGCUUCUAUAUUAUGAUGAGUGGUGAAAGAUCAAGACGUUCACCUAAUGGUUGGUAAUACGCCAUACCAGCAACAUUACAGUGCAGCUAUUCAAGUUCUCAGUAAACUCAAUAUUCUGAGCAACGCUGUGAUUGCGUCACCUUAAAACAUAGUAUGUUAACCUACCCUUAAAAAAAUGCCGUUUAUUUGUUCUCUAUUUCUCAUAAUGGUCUGCAGAUAGGUAUGAUUAUUAAAAUAACAGUAACCUCUUUACACUUUUUUUUUAUUUAAAAAACAACAACAGCUGGAAUAGGAUUUAAUAGUAAUUUUUCCCGAUAUUUUCCGCAAUUCCUACCGCAUAACAACUAAAGAAUGCAAUAUUUUAAAAUUUUAUUUCAAAUUGAAAAACUGUUUUAUAGCUUAUGUUAUCACGUGGCGAUGCCAUGCCCAUGUGGGUUUUGAAUGUAUUAAGGGAAUACAUUCAAAUCAGUCUCAAUUUGGGAACUUAUUGCCCACUAACGCUUGCUUGCAGCUUAAACAGAGGCCAAUUACUGUUCUAUAUUCAUAAACAGCUGAUCCAUCCAUCAUGGCACGGCCUUUCAGGUGACUAGGGUUGUCAUAGUAAUUUGAAAAGUCAUGACAAAAAGCUUGACAUUUCGAUGACAGGCCCGAAUUUUUUAGUUUAUAUCGGUUAAAUUUCGGUUCUCGUAGAGAUUAAAGAAAUAUUUGAUAUGAGUUUGCAGUUUUAUUACAUAUAUUCCAUAUAUGUAAUUAAAAAUUAAAUCCGGUUAGUAAAAGUUUGAGAGCUGGAUCAAAAUCAUAAAAACUAAAAAGUCCGGACAUAUCCGGAUUAAUCCGGACGUAUGGUAACCCUACAUGUGACCCAUGUUCACAUAAGACCACUUGUGUUUCGACACCAAAUGAUCACUCCACAAAAAGUAAUUUUCAUGUAAAAUAGAAACUUUUGUAAAUAGAAUUAGAUAAAAAACAUAUGUAUAUUUAUUUUUAUGGCGUUUCUCAUAUUUAUUAAUGUUUAGUUUAAAUGUAUUCCGAGAUUUAAUGAUUUUAAUUUAUUUUAAUUUUAAAUGUAGAUUUUUACGGCCUUACAAAUAAACUGGGUAUAAAGUUAUACCUGAGUAUAAACCAAGAAUAUGCAAAAUGUUUACAAAUAGACAUGUUGCCUAUGAUUGGUUUAUUCGGACGUAUUAUGUUUCCCGCGUUUAUUUGCAAGGCUGCCUGACAUUCGGAAAAAGUCAGAAUUAUCAUUGUAUUGAAAGUGUUGUCAGAGAUAUAGUCAACAUUUUGCAUUUUCAUUGUUUAUUCUCAGGUAUAAAUUUAUGCCUAGUUUAUCUGUAUAUUAAAUUGAUGACUUAUUUAUUUGCUCAAGCUCGAUUUUUCACUUCAAUGCCAUUAAAUGAAUUUUUUCUAUGGACAGGUAUAUUAUUUUUAUCAUGUAAUUAUACAUAUGUCCGUACUAUGAAAUUUAUAAUACUUAAAUAGGUUUUAAUAAGACCUUCAUUUAAUACCAAUGAUUUUUUUUUAUUUUCUUAUUCUUCAUUGUCAUAGUUUUCAUCCGUUAUUUUUUUUCACUCUACCAAAUAUUUACUUCUAAAUUUUAUAAUAAUAUUAUACUCACAUAGAUGUCUGUAAUUCAAACAUAUCUCAAUUACUUAGUAUAUAUUAGGGUUUUAAAUAUACCAAUAUCCUGUAUUCGUAUUUAAAUAUAUAUAUUAAUAGGAUGUGGGAUACCUUGUGAUGUUCAGUGGUAUAAAUGUAUGUUUACACGGAACUAACUUAUAUGCGAAAUAAUGUCAAUUUAUUAGGCUUAGAUCAUUUAUACGUCUAGAUAGGCUGCGACAGCUGUGAACAAUUCGAAAAAAAUAGCGGCGAACUGUUAGACUCUAUUUUCAGCAACGCACGCACACUGAAACAUAGUGACAUACGUAUCGCGAGUUUUGAUUAGUUGUCGCAUGCAUGCACAUGCACACAUGACAACAUGUCAGGCUUAUUGCUCUAGAGUGCAUGACAAGUUUUUUCUACGAUAUGUCUCACACUUUGUGCUAGUGUUGAAAUUGCAUUGCUGAAAAUUGUGAUGGAAUGUAAACCUCAAUUUAUUUCGACGUUUUCACAGCUGCCACAGUCUAUCUAGGCGUAUAAAUGAUCUAAGGGUUUAGGUAGAAAAUCUCUAGUUUAGUUUUCGAAAGAACCCAGGAUUUUUGGUCAGGAUACCCCCUAGGUACCGCACAGCCUUUUCUGUCGUCUAGUACCAAUGUGAAAUAUGUGGGCUAACCAGACUUAACAUCUCAUGUCUUAAAGUGGCAUCGGUGUGACAGCGGCUUUAUAGUCCGACAACUUUGCACGUUGCCCAUCCCCGCAACGACACCCGCUGAAGACAUGGCCUAAAGGUCUCGUUACCAGGCCAUAAAAUCCAAAAAAAAAAAAGCUACCCGCUUAUAAUCUUAGUACCCCGUCCCCGUCACCGUCUGUCACCCCGUGGGAUGGUCGCGCACGCAGUUGUCGGACUAUAAAGCUGCUGUCCCACCACGAGCACGCGGCGCAUUUUAGCUGCGUGGAUUAUUUUGUUUGACAACGAAGGUCUACCUAUCUGCAGCACAUACAUACAGGAAAAUGAACUCAUGACUAUGUACAACUAUAGCGUAAAGUGGCAAUGUGUACCGCAUGCACUGCAUUAUAUUGUGUUGAAUAGCUCUUAUGUAAAUAAUUUAUUGAAGUAGGCGUUAGUUUGCAAAAAUCCAUAACUAUCCAAAUGUUUUUGAGUUUGCUUUAGUGUUAAUUCCGCCAAUAUUCGUCUUCAAACAAUUCGACACGUGCUUCGCCUCUAUACGAGGCAUCCUCAGGAGAUAUUGACUCGCCAAACUCUGGCACGAGACUUUCGGAUAUAUUUAAAAUAUUUUUUAAUGAUUAUUUCUAGCUGUGCUGUGUAUUUAUAAUUUACUUAUUAUUUUUUCUAUUUUAUUAUUUCAAUCGACGUGAUCGCCUUGCCCGAAACGUAUGGCAGCAUUGUGUGAAUUAUUAAUAUGUAAGGACUUGAUGACGUUAAAACUUACAUACUAAUUAUCUGAAUCCCAAUUACCGAGGACAAAUGAAACUCUUAUAUGUUGACACAGUUCGGGAUUUACAAACAAUUGAUAGACCAGAGUUUCUGUUCCGACUUAAAUAAUAUUAAUUAUGUCAUAAAAAAAAUCUGUUAACAGUUUUGGUAUGACGAUACCAGUUCGUUUGUGUGUUUAAAAAAACGACAUAAUAAUGUUUGUUAUUUUUAUUUGAUAUCUCUCACUUCUGGGAUUAAAUAUACAAAUUCCGUUUGUACCAAACUUCUAGAAUAAUGCGGGAGUCGAACACGCGCCUCUCGGGUUCCGUCCGUGCGCUCUUUCCAACUGAGCCAACCGUCCGAGUGACACACCAACCGUAAAUUGUUCUUAAAGUUGAUAACCUGAUAACUGGAUUUACUUACAGUUGAUAAGCUGAUAACUAUAAGAUAGAGCCUGUACAUGGAGCCAGAACUUGAAAGUGGAACAAGACAUAGCAAGAUUUACGAUCGAUGCGUCACUCGGACGGUUGGCUCAGUUGGCAAGAGCGCUCGGACGGAACCCGAGAGGCGCGGGUUCGAGUCGCGCAUCGUUCGCAAAUUUUGGUAUUAAUUAAAUUUGGAUAUAAUAAUGUGUUUAGAAACAAUCUUAGCCAACGAGGAUGUGGGGCAUAUAGACAAAUAACUUUAGUGUACAAUAUGUAUAUAUGUAGCGAUAGUGCGGUAGAUUAGCGUCCAUGUUGAAUAGGUUGUCUUAAAAUGUGCGAAUGUGAGACUGGCUUAACUCUUUUCAUUGUGAGAAGCCGACUGUUUUUACUCUAAAUAAGUGUAGCUCCAAAAAGAGAAGCAAUCCAACUUAUUGUAUAUGAAAGGAUGUAAUAUGAGUGAUACAUAGUUAUAACCCUAACAGACUGUCGAGCGAUUUUUAAUACAAACAAUAAUUAAUGUCAACAAUUUUUGUAUAAUGCCGGUUUCUUUUUCCAUUUGUUUGAAAUUUGCUGUUGAAGAAAUUGUAUUAGAUUGACUGUAUCGAUAUUCUUUUGACUAAUUUAACCUAUUUUUUAUUAAUUUUAAAUACAAACAUUGAUUAUUGAUGAAUAAUAUAACUUGUAUUAUGAAUGGAUAAAUCUGUGUGUAUCAAAUGUCGAAAACAUCGGGUGGCGCUACGAUAGCAAGCGGAUAAAAAAGCGACCGAAUUUAACAUCAUAUAUAUGAUGUCAAAUAACAAUUUUUGUUUAAUAAAUUUUUAUGUGAUCCUAUUUGAAAAAUGCAAUCAGUCACCAAAAAUAUAACUUUUUCUGUUCAGCGCAUUUCACACCGUUAUCAACAGCUAGAUUGAUAUCAUUUCCUCUUUUCGCUCUAGAGUCUAGAUUCUGUAGGUAAUUGGAACUUGAAUUUACUGCUCGACUAAUAUUUGUCUUCUUAACAGAACCUCCACAGACAGGGCGUGGAAUGUAGAACACGUUGCGAUAGUAAUUUAACUCAAGGGUUUGACAAAAGCUGUAAAAUAUUAUAAUAAUAUUCAUUUUCCGUUCCUAAAUUCACUGCGGUAAAUUUUGUAGAUUAUUCUUUUCGUUUUCUCUCAUGGGAUAGUUCGUCUAGACCAGAGACUCCCAAAGUAGGACUGGAGGGGACUCCCAUAGUAGAAGAAGCCCCUGGGAUUAACCGGCGGCGGUUUACGUUGGCGGGAAAAAACUUAAGGGUGCUCAAAGUGUAAGUUGGGGUCCAAAAAAUUUUUAUCGGGUUUUAAAACUAAAGAAAAUAAAUAUUUCAAGAAUGUCUGCGACUGUAACUUGUAAAAAUUUGCUUAAUAGAUAAGUUCAAUGCGUGUCGCACACAACAAAAUGUACUUACUACUUUUUUAUUUUUACUAAACGAUCAAAAUUUCCUUCUUUCAAAUGUUAUGACGAAUUCUGGGAACAUGGCAGUAAUGUAACAGCAGGCAGUUUACGGAAAUCAGUAUUAUUUUGAAAGUUAGCUGCGAGAAAAAAACUGGUAAUCUCUGGUCUAGAAAUUGGCAAGUAACAUUUGUUGAAAUAAAAUACAGCAAGCUACUUACUGAAGCGUAUUUACUGAACCUUCAAUCAAUCAAUUACUCCUUAUAUAAAUUUAUGCAUUUGCUUAGACAUAACAAAAAUAUAACUUGAAAAAGACAAAAUACAGAAUAGAUUAAUCUUUUUUUUACAAGUAACGUCUUAUAUGUACAGUUACGAGAAUGUAUAAACCGAAGGUUUCUAAUAGGGUAAUAAUUUACAGCUAAUAAUAUAAAAUGAAACUUAAGUCGUAGUUAAUAGGUACGAAUAUUGAGUUGAUACUUAGAAUUGUGAUUUUUUUUGUCUUAAUGAUAUUAAUUACUAAAUAAAUUGAUAUUAGCGUAACCAAUAUUAUUAAAAUUUACAAUUUAAUGUUAUAAUGUAUCCGCAUUAUAAAUAAUGAUAAUAUUUUAAUAAGUAGCAAAAGUCGCUUUCAGUCGCGUACGCUGUGUCAACACGUGGGAUAGCAUACGCGUGUGAAUCGGCCCUUAUAUAUAUUUUUCAUUGUGUAAAUAUUGUGUUGUUAAUGCUUGUUGCAAUGAUAUAAUUUAUGUAUGAAGUUGCAGUUAUUGUAAAUUUUUCGUUUAUUAAUAAAGCGUUUAAAAAACUA